GAAGCAGAAACCAAAACAAAGGUUAUUCGUGGGAUUAUGGGAAAAUGAGAGCCCAGCCUAGGACAAUAGUGUGCCUGCCGCCCUAUAAAUCUCCGCCUGACGAAUGCCAGAGUCAAGUGAUGUAUGGCCACCCGGCACGCUUCAAUAUGUGCAGGAGGGAGGAAAAUACCGAGGCGGAUGCUUGUUCUUGGUUGGAUAAUAAUGGCUGGCCAGCAUCGUCGAGCACGGUAAUUGAUAAACAAACAAGCAACCAAACAGACAAAUAUCGAGGUGGAGGAGGAGCAGCACCAGCCAGGAUAUGUGUGCGUAGGACGAGGAAGAAAAAAUACCAGAAAUUACUGGUAUUCCAGAGGCCCUGAAGUGUUCUCGUUAAAGCCGCAGGCACAGUGAGUGGGGAAAUAAGAUGAACAGGUGGGAUUUAUAACGAUUUAAAUAUUAAUGAUAUUCCAAAGCUUAAAAGACGCUCAAAAUAAUUUAAUAUUAAUUUUUAAGAGGACUUAUGACAUAUUCAAACCAUUAUAGUUCUUCUUUUUUACUAUUUUUCAAUUAUGUAAAAAAAAAUAUUAAAUUUUUCUUUAUAAUUCUUCAU